AAAGGAGAUGCCAAAAAGAACCCUCAAAACCUUAAGUAAUUGUUUUCAGAGCAAGGCAUGAGGACUCAGCUUGAUACUAACACUACAUGAAUGUUUGGUUGGCCCUGUCACACCUACAUAUAAUUGAUGACAUGUCCCCUUUGCUUUGUAGGGUCUCCUGAACAACAUCCUUCCUUGAAGCCUACCACUGAAAUGGAAGAUCCUGUUGUGAGAGAAGCAGUACAAAGAAAGAAUGUACAGGCAUCAAGAGCAGAUUCUGGGAGUUCUGAUGAAUCUGCAGUCAGCGUUUUCCACAAACUGUGUGUGGAUUCAUGCCCUAAACCAGAUGAUGAAGACUUGACUGUUACCACCAAGGUAAAGUGGUCUCUUGUAAAAUUUCCUCACUCAGUCAGCUUUCGCAUAGUAUUUACUUUCUUGAAAUUUAGCAGUGCUUUACCUAUUAUUGUUUUAUGAUGGCUAUGGAAAGUUGGUCAGAGAAAACCAUAGACAUAUGACUAGUUGAUUAAAAAAUGUAUUUAAUAUUGGUAACUAACAAAAGAUUGAUAAGUGCUGUGAUAGGGAGGGGGCUGAACAAAAAUGAACUGGAAGAUACAUAGCAAUAGAAAAAUCACAUUAGGAAAUGCUUUCCCCAAUAGAGAAAAUAUGAAAUUUGGUUAAAGUUUAAUUCGAUAAAUAUUAAUACUUUGAAUUUUAAAUCAUACUAGUGUGACAUCUAUAUUUUUACCAGUAUAAAUCUUCAGUGGAUCAAAUUACUUGUGGUAAUCAUGGAAU